GCUGCACCAACAUGGGCAAAAUUGUGCAUUUUGGAUGUACAAUUCAAGUUUGUACGUGAAAAGGACCACCCACGACGACGAUGAGUGACGGCGACGGCAAAGAUGAUGACCGAGGGGAUGCGAAGCGCCCGAAGAUUACAGUAAGCGCUGCUGACAACAAGCCAGCAGAAGCAACAACAACGACAACCACGACAACGACUGCACCAACGACAGCACCAACAACAACACCAGCAGCAGCGCCAACAACAGCGUCGACUGUGCCCAAGGCGGGCAGCAACCCGUUCAGCGCACUGGCCAGCAGCGGCAAGAGCUUUGGAGGCAACAAAGGCUUUGGCGCGGCCUCCAGCAAGGCUGGUGGGUUUGGGCAAACAGCAGCGAACCCCACCAGCACAGCAACCACACCCGCACCCACCUUGUUUGGGGCGAACAAAAAGCCCUUCUCAUCCGCUUCUGCCGCCACUUUUGCCAAGGCGACAUCAACCACAACCUCAGCAGCCACAUCCGCGAAGCCCACAGCCAGCAGCAAGCCGGCAACCUUGACCAAGACGUCAUCAAACCCCUUUGCUGCCCUCGCAUCUGGGUCGUCCGGCUUUGGCAAAGGCUUUGGCAAGGCACCCGGCUUUGGCAAGGCGGCUGCUUUCGGGCAAGCAAAGCCGGCAGCAGCACCGUCAACAGCAGCAGCAGAUGCAGAGACGGCGUCGUCGUCGGGGCCCGCGUCUACUGCUCAUGCGGGCAGCAAGCAGCACGAUGCGCCACAACAGGGCCGGUCACGCCAGGACAGCUCCUCCGACAGCGUAUUUGGCGGCUCUACCACCACGUCCCCAUGCACAACCCCAACUGCAAAGAAUGGCAGCAGUGGCAGCGGCAGCGGCAGCGGCAGUGGUGGUCUCUUCCGGAGGGAUUCUUCAAACGGCAAAGAGAAAGCGCUACCUGCUGCGCGCGCGCUCCCCGAGGGCGUUGACCCCGCGGACGUCACCUACCAGUGCAAGGCCAAGCUGUUCUGUUUCCAUAACGGGAGCUGGGAGGAGCGCGGCGUGGGCACCGUCAUAAUCGCCCAAAAACAGCGGAAGCAACGACAGCCGCAGAGGAUGGAGAAGAGUAGGGAAGGGCGUGCAGCGAGAAGCAGCAGCGGCACCAACAUCGACACAGCCGAGCCAGCCCGCAUUUUGAUGUGGCUCGACCAGACGAAGCGACUUGUGCUCAACGCGCUUCUGCGGCCAGAAACGAACCCGCACCAGCAGACGCCAAAGUCGAUUUCGCUCGCGCUCGUGAACCACGCUUCGCAAGCACCAGAGGUCGUUGAGCGCGGCGACAAGCCCGCAGGCCUCAGCAUCUACAUUCUCAGGGUUGGGCUGCAGACCGCGAAGGACCUGCUGUCACUGCUGCAACAGCACUGCCCGCCAGCACCGUCGAAGCAAGCGACGGCGAUCGAGAACGCGCCGGCAGGGAGCGACACGACAAAACAGGAUGUUGCACCCGACACCAGCUCGCCAGCAAUCGAAGAAACGAAGAAACAGUCGACACAAAAGUCGGCAGCAACACAAGCCGAAGACAGCGGUGGCGAUGAUCAACAACGAAAACAACAACAGAAGCAACGGCAGCAGCAGCAGCAGCAGCAGGCGUGAUGACGACUUGUUGUCUUGUCUUAAAUGACACCAUGACACUCCACGUCACAUCGUCAACGCAGCUUGUUCUUUGUGUGCGUUUGUUGCUUUGGCGUCUUGAUGUUGACUGAGCUGUUGAAGGAAAGCUUGUCGUUACAUUGCAAAUAAACCCCACACUCGUG